GGGUUUAGCAGUUCUACUCAAACAAAACACGCAAUAGUCAAUACCAUGGCUUUCACGAUUUCAGGAGCUGAAUCAGAGGCCAACAAGUGUAGCCUAAAUCAUGUGGAGGAGAAGGAUUGUACCAUCUCGAGGCAACUCCAGUUGAAGUCGUCGUUAUCUUCCAAAGCCUCGUCUCAGAGCCUCAACAAAGAACAAGUCCUCCGUCGCAUUCGACACCGCAAGUCCCUAAACAGAAUCAAAGGCUCUUUUGAGGGUCUUUUGGGCAGCUCCAAAGGCAAUACAACCUCAACUCAAGACCAAAUGUGGCUCCAACAACAAGACGCCUUCUCUUCUCCUUAAAUACAACUAAUUCCCAUAUCACCAAUCACUCACUUGUCACUUUAUUCUUCCUAGUCCUACUGUCAUUUUUCAUUUGCUUAUUCAUAUCAAGUACUGAACUACCAACUGUAUCACCAUUCGACAAAUUGACACGCUAAAUAUAUGAUUCUACCACUACAAUUUAAUAAGCA